CAGAAUCUUCCAGAAAAACACUACACACACAAAUCAUUCCUUUCCCUUAAUUCCAUUCAAAAACUCAAGAAAGCUCUAAACUUAAAAGUUUAUUUUUUGUGUUAUUCCAAAAAAGCCCCUCAGCUACAGAGUAUUUACACUUAUGACCGUUGACCUGGACUCAGCACCAUCCGCUUCCCCAAGCAGCAGCAGAGACUGGUACUUUCCUUCACCACCGCCCAUCGUCUAUUCCUCCCCCAAUUUACCUAAAUACCCUCGCCGCUUCUCCCAAAACCCCCCACUCUCCCGCCCUCCUUUUCGUCGCCACGCUUCCUCCUCCGCCGCCGCUCCGCCACCGACAACAUUCCACAAUGCAGGCCUUCGCCGGAGAGUUGGCUUCACUCGUCGGACCGAUCUUCCACCGACAUCGGAUUCCGUUUCGGCGCCAAAGGCUGAGACUUCGCCCUCCGUUGUUGGUGACAAAGCUUCUGCUACCAAGAAGAUCAAGCUUAACCGUUUUCAGAUUCGAAUUCGCUGGAAAAUGGCCAUCACCGUAGCGAUUCUGAUCACAGCUUUUUCAUCACUACUGUACCAAAAUUUCUCUUUACACGACCAAGUCAAUGAGUUGCAGGAGCAUAUUUAUGAGCUUGAACUUAUAUUGCAAGUUCACAAUGUGUCAAGAACUAUGAAUGAUGGUAGUGAUUCCGUACACUCCCUCCCCAGUAAAGGCUUAAAGAGACUAGCUCUGUUUGUCUCUGUCACACUGUUGUCUAUUCCUCUUCUUGUCUUUAAGUAUGUUGACUAUGUAUCAAGGUCAAGGUCAAGAUCAUCAGAAAGUAGUUCAGAAGAAGUUUCUCUAAACAAGCAGCUGGCAUAUAGGGUAGAUGCCUUUUUAUCUGUUAAUCCAUAUGCUAAGUCGCUGGGAUUGUUAAUUGCAACUCUGUUACUUAUCUGUGUUGGUGGAUUGGCGCUUUUUGGUGUGAAAGACGAUAGCUUAGCGGAGUGCCUUUGGUUAUCAUGGACUUAUGUAGCUGAUUCUGGCAAUCACACUAAUUCUGAAAAGAUUGGUGAACGAUUAGUAUCCGUUUCUAUUAGUUUUGGGGGUAUGCUUGUUUUUGCAAUGAUGCUUGGUCUUGUCUCUGAUGCUAUUUCUGAGAAGUUUGAUUCUUUGAGGAAAGGAAGAAGCGAGGUAGUUGAGCAAAACCAUACUUUGAUUCUUGGCUGGAGUGAUAAAUUGGGAUCCCUUUUAAAUCAGCUAGCAAUAGCAAAUGAGAGUCUGGGUGGAGGAGUGGUUGUUGUGAUGGCCGAGAGAGACAAAGAAGAAAUGGAGCUUGACAUUGCUAAAAUGGAAUUUGAUUUCAAAGGAACAUCUGUCAUAUGCAGAAGUGGGAGUCCUCUUAUUCUAGUUGACUUGAAAAAGGUAUCUGUCUCUAAGGCCCGUGCAAUAGUCAUCCUUGCUGAAGAUGGAAAUGCUGAUCAGAGUGAUGCUCGUGCACUGAGAACAGUUUUAAGUCUGACUGGAGUUAAAGAAGGGUUAAGAGGACAUAUAGUAGUUGAACUAAGUGAUCUUGACAAUGAGGUUCUUGUUAAGCUUGUUGGUGGGGACCUUGUCGAGACUGUUGUGGCUCAUGAUGUAAUUGGUCGCUUGAUGAUUCAAUGUGCUAGACAGCCAGGCCUUGCACAGAUUUGGGAAGAUAUCCUUGGGUUUGAAAAUUGUGAGUUCUACAUCAAAAGGUGGCAACAGUUGGAUGGCCUACAUUUCGAGGAUGUGUUGUUAAGUUUUCCUGAUGCAAUUCCUUGUGGAGUCAAGGUUGCAUCAUUAGGUGGUAAGAUCAUUCUGAAUCCUGAUGAUUCCUAUGUUCUACAAGAAGGCGAUGAAGUUCUUGUUAUAGCAGAGGAUGAUGAUACGUAUGCUCCAGCUGCUUUACCUAUGGUCAAAGAGGCAUCAUUUAUACACAUUUCCCGCCCAGCAAGAAAGCCACAGAAGAUUCUACUAUGUGGAUGGAGGAGGGACAUUGAUGAUAUGAUUGUGGUCUUGGAUGCCUUUUUGGCUCAAGGUUCGGAGCUCUGGAUGUUUAAUGAAGUGGCAGAAAAGGAAAGGGAAAAAAAACUUAUCGAUGGUGGCCUUGACAUAGAGCGGUUGGAGAAUAUAACUUUGGUUAAUCGUGAAGGAAAUGCUGUUAUACGACGCCAUUUGGAAAGCCUUCCUUUGGAAUCUUUUGAUUCGAUCUUAAUUUUGGCUGAUGAGUCUGUAGAAGAUUCAGCAAUUCAAGCGGAUUCUAGAUCUCUUGCCACAUUACUGUUGAUUCGUGAUAUUCAGGCCAAGCGACUGCCCAUGGUAACACAAGUUCAAAAUGGAAGCUUCUCCCUGGGCUCUUGGAUUGGUGAAAUGCAGCAAGCUUCUGAUAAGUCAGUUAUAAUAAGUGAAAUUUUGGAUCCAAGGACUAAAAAUCUGUUAGCUAUGUCAAAAAUCAGUGAUUAUGUGCUAUCGAAUGAACUUGUCAGCAUGGCAUUAGCCAUGGUUGCAGAAGAUCGACAAAUAAAUGAUGUUUUGGAAGAGCUCUUUGCAGAGGAGGGAAACGAGUUACAAAUAAGGCAAGCAGAUCUCUAUCUCUCUGAAGGUGAGGAAUUGAGUUUUUAUGAAAUAAUCAUAAGAGCCCGACAGAGGAGGGAGAUUGUGAUCGGUUAUCGGUUAGCUGAUGCUGAGAGAGCUAUCAUCAAUCCUCCAUCUAAAAGCAUUAGACGAAGGUGGUCAGUCAAGGAUGUUUUCGUUGCAAUUGCUGAGAAGGAAUGAGUCAUUUUUGCAAAAUCCUCGCGGACUUUUCUACAAAUGGUCAAUACGAGAUAUAUUUUUCUCUCGGCAUUCUUUAAAUCUGUUAUAUUAUUAAUGUAGGAAUUUAAAGUUCUAUAUGUACACAGCACCCUUCUUUAGUUGCAUAUACAUAUAUUGAGAAGUUUCAUAGGCAAUAAAAUCAAAAUGUUACUUCUAUAA